AUGGCUGAACACGCCCUAUCAGACCCCAAAAACCCAACCCGCGCAACGCCUAACAUCAAAGCCGAAGACGCAAUCUGCCAAAUCGGCAGCUCAACCUUCAUCACCGCACCCCCAACCAAAAUCUGGGACGCGCUCAUAAACACCUCAACAUGGCCUACAUGGAACAAGUUCAUCCCCCGCGUGACCAUAGUCGCGCAACCAAACAUAACCUCAAUCACAACCACAAGUGACGACUUAUCUGAAACACCAACAACCCUCUCGCCCAUCCUCCAAAACGGCACAAGAAUGAUUUUCCACGUGCUCAUGGAUCCUACCUCCCCCAAGGAGAAAUUCACAGAUACAUCCCUCGUCGUUACGAAAUUCGAGCCUCCAAAUUCAGAGGCUGGAUCGCCGGGUAGAAUCGUGUGGAGCUCUGACUUUGAGGCUAAGGAUACUUUUUCGCCGUGGCUUUUGACUGCUGAGAGGGAGCAUGAGAUUCGAGCUGUGGAGGGGGGAUCGGAGGUUAGGAAUUGGGAGAAUCAGAUUGGGUAUCUUGCUUAUGUUGUGAAGUGGAUGUAUGGGAGUCAAUUGGAUUUUAAUUUUGGGUUGUGGAUUGAGGGAUUGAAGAGGUUUGCUGAGGGUGAUGAGGGUCAUGAUGGUGAGAUUUAG